UUUUCUUGUCUUUCUUUCUUCUUUCCUUCACUUUUUUUUCUUUUCUUUCCCUUCUUUCUUUUCUUUCCUUAAUGGCGCAAGUUACUCAACAAGUAUCUUCGGCCGGCGCCACUUUCGAUGAAUCCUACACCAUUUCUGCUAUUGAUCGACGUCGUUUAGCUCUUGAAGAGAUUGACAAUGCUAAAUUUGGCUGGUUCCAUAUUCGUGCCUGUAUUGUCUCUGGUAUUGGUUUCUUUACUGAUGCUUAUGAUAUCUUCGCUAUCAAUUUGGUAUCAGCUAUGAUUGGAUUUGUUUACUGGCAUGAUCAAAACAACAAAACUCCUGCCAAUGUUGAUACUGCUAUCAAAGUUGCUUGUUCUGUUGGUACUGUUGUAGGUCAACUUUUAUUUGGUUAUUUGGCUGAUCGUGUAGGUCGUAAACGUAUGUAUGGUGUUGAAUUGAUUAUCAUUAUUAUUGGUACUGUUGGUCAAUCUUUAGUCGGUAAUGGUUCUGCUGUCUCCUUCUGGGGUGUGAUGGUCUUCUGGCGUGUGAUUGUUGGUGUCGGUAUUGGUGGUGAUUAUCCUUUGUCCUCUGUUAUCACUGCUGAAUUUGCUACUACCAAACGUCGUGGUGCUAUGAUGGCUGCUGUAUUUGCUAUGCAAGGUAUUGGUCAAGUGGCUGCUUCUAUUGUUGGUAUGGUUACUACUGCUGCUUUCAAGAGUGCUAUUGAAUCCGAUCCAACUUACUUGGAUUAUGUCUGGCGUAUUGUGAUUGGUGUUGGUGCUGUCCCUGGUGUACUUGCUCUCUAUUACCGUUUGACUAUUCCCGAAACUCCUCGUUAUACCAUGGAUGUUGAACAAAAAGUUGAAAAGGGUAUCCGUGAUGCUAAGGCCUUUGUUGAACAUGGUGCUUCAUCUGGUGAUUACACUGAUAACAUUGCAGUGACUCGUGAAGAAGCUUCUCCUAAGGCUUCUUGGGCUGAUUUCUGUCGUUACUUCGGUCAAUGGAAGAAUGGUAAGGUUUUAUUUGGUACUGCUUACUCUUGGUUCGCUUUGGAUGUCGCUUGGUACGGUCUUGGUCUCAACAACUCUAUCAUUCUUACCAACAUUGGUUUCUCUGGUGGUUCUGAUGCUUACAACUCUGUCUUCCGUACUUGUGUUGGCAAUUUGAUUAUUCAAUUACUUGGUUCCGUUCCUGGUUACUGGAUUUCCGUCUUCACCAUUGAUCGUCUUGGUCGUAAAUUCAUCCAAAUCAUGGGUUUCACUAUGCUUACUAUUAUGUUUGUCAUUCUUGGUUUCGCUUAUCAACCUAUUCUUGAUUGUUCUGUUGCUCUCUUCAUUGUCUUGUAUACUAUCACUCAAAUCUUCUUCAACUUUGGUCCCAACACUACUACAUUUAUUGUUCCUGGUGAAGUCUUCCCUACCCGAUAUAGAUCUACUGCUCACGGUAUUUCCGCUGCUAGUGGUAAGAUUGGUUCCAUUAUUGCUCAAGUUGGUUUUGGUUUACUCAAGGAUAUUGGUGGUUCCAACAAAUGGAUCAAUCACUUGCUUCAAAUCUUUGCUCUUUUCAUGUUGACUGGUAUUUUCUCUUCUUUCCUUAUCCCUGAAACUGCUGGCAAAUCUCUCGAAGAACUUUCCCGUGAAGAUGAUGAUACUGAUUACAAUCACAAGAUUGAAAAUGAAGAAGUUGUCAAGGGAACUUAUUAAUUUUUAGUUAUACUUCCAAUCCAUUUUUUAUUGUUACUAUUAUUAUAAACCAUAUAUGUAUUAUUUUUUUUUUAA